AUGGCGUCUGCUUCACUUAAACUGCAAAUGGAAGGUGCGGUUCACCGACCUCUUCCCCGGGACAUAUGCAACCAGUCAUCCUUUGCCUCACGUGGCUUUUUGUGCAGAAAACGCCGCUUACUGGCUGAGAGUGACGUCGAGGAUAGAAGUGCGAAACGCUUUAAAGUAUGUGAUAACCAACAGUUCGAAAGCGGGGCAGUCGUUACUAAAAUAUCAAAAGCUUCUCAGACUUCCUCUGUGGCCAUUCCACGACUACCAACCGCCAGUCGUUCCUUCCCAGUGCCAUGGGGUGUCCGGCGACCCUCUUCGUCGUCUUCAACUCAGACCGUCUGCAAUCCAAAAACAAGCUCGGUUGAUGAUCUUUGUGAUGUUCCUGAUUUCGUGGAUAAUGACGUAUUGGUGGACGAGGUGUUUGCAUCUGACAACGAGUGCAUGCAAGAAAUCAUGAAAGCUCUGCAAUAUUUGUCCGACCGAAAGUCCUUGGGCAGCGGGACGCAAGUGGACAAAGAUGAAGUUACCGAAAUGGAAGGUGCGUUCGUGUGCUUUGUCUCCGACGACAGGCGAGACGUGGCCACGAACACAUUAAACGUUUCGUUGAGAUCGCCUCAUUUGCCUCCGCCUCGACGGAGGUCCUGGAGGAAAAAUAAUAACAAUAGCAAUAAUAACAAUAGCAAUAAUAACAAUAGCAAUAAUAACAAUAGCAAUAAUAACAAUAGCAAUAAUAACAAUAGCAAUAAUAACAAUAGCAAUAAUAACAAUAGCAAUAAUAACAAUAGCAAUAAUAACAAUAGCAAUAAUAACAAUAGCAAUAAUAACAAUAGCAAUAAUAACAAUAGCAAUAAUAACAAUAGCAAUAAUAACAAUAGCAAUAAUAACAAUAGCAAUAAUAACAAUAGCAAUAAUAACAAUAGCAAUAAUAACAAUAGCAAUAAUAACAAUAGCAAUAAUAACAAUAGCAAUAAUAACAAUAGCAAUAAUAACAAUAGCAAUAAUAACAAUAGCAAUAAUAACAAUAGCAAUAAUAACAAUAGCAAUAAUAACAAUAGCAAUAAUAACAAUAGCAAUAAUAACAAUAGCAAUAAUAACAAUAGCAAUAAUAACAAUAGCAAUAAUAACAAUAGCAAUAAUAACAAUAGCAAUAAUAACAAUAGCAAUAACAAUAGCAAUAAUAACAAUAGCAAUAAUAACAAUAGCAAUAAUAACAAUAGCAAUAAUAACAAUAGCAAUAAUAACAAUAGCAAUAAUAACAAUAGCAAUAAUAACAAUAGCAAUAAUAACAAUAGCAAUAAUAACAAUAGCAAUAAUAACAAUAGCAAUAAUAACAAUAGCAAUAAUAACAAUAGCAAUAAUAACAAUAGCAAUAAUAACAAUAGCAAUAAUAACAAUAGCAAUAAUAACAAUAGCAAUAAUAACAAUAGCAAUAAUAACAAUAGCAAUAAUAACAAUAGCAAUAAUAACAAUAGCAAUAAUAACAAUAGCAAUAAUAACAAUAGCAAUAAUAACAAUAGCAAUAAUAACAAUAGCAAUAAUAACAAUAGCAAUAAUAACAAUAGCAAUAAUAACAAUAGCAAUAAUAACAAUAGCAAUAAUAACAAUAGCAAUAAUAACAAUAGCAAUAAUAACAAUAGCAAUAAUAACAAUAGCAAUAAUAACAAUAGCAAUAAUAACAAUAGCAAUAAUAACAAUAGCAAUAAUAACAAUAGCAAUAAUAACAAUAGCAAUAAUAACAAUAGCAAUAAUAACAAUAAUAACAAUAGCAAUAAUAACAAUAGCAAUAAUAACAAUAGCAAUAAUAACAAUAGCAAUAAUAACAAUAGCAAUAAUAACAAUAGCAAUAAUAACAAUAAUAACAAUAGCAAUAAUAACAAUAGGAAUAAUAACAAUAAUAACAAUAGCAAUAAUAACAAUAGCAAUAAUAGCAAUAAUAACAAUAAUAACAAUAGCAAUAAUAACAAUAGCAAUAAUAACAAUAGCAAUAAUAACAAUAGCAAUAAUAACAAUAGCAAUAAUAACAAUAGCAAUAAUAACAACAGCAAUAAUGACAAUAGCAAUAAUAACAACAGCACUAAUAACAACAAUAGCAAUAAUAACAACAAUAGCAAUAAUAACAAUAGCAAUAAUAACAAUAGCAAUAAUAACAAAGCAAAUACCAAUAAUAACAAUACCAAUAAUAACAAUACCAAUAAUAACAAUACCAAUAAUAACAAUACCAAUAAUAACAAUACCAAUAAUAACAAUACC